GGAAGACUUCAAUUCUUGGAAGUGAAACCGGAAGGAAAAAUUUCAUAAAAAUACUCUAUCAAUAGAAACGACCUAAGGAAGAGAAGACGACAAACUCCUUAUUUAAGCAUGACAUCUGCAGUUGACCAUUACAUUAUACCUCAUGAGUUCAUCCAAGCUCCCCCAGCGGACCAUCUUACAACCACCCUUUACGUGAAGCAUGUCAACAUUCAUGGAAAAUGGGUGCAGCCUCCAAUCCUCUAUAACAAACUUGAGGGUGGAAACUUGUUCAUAGAAUAUCUAAUCACUACACAUGGACAUCAGGUGAUUGACAGGCUGAUGACAAUGAAUUUUCAAUCUGAAGGAGAGAUAGAUUGUUCAUUUGCAAUCCUCGCAAGAGGAAUUGUCUUUAGUGGCGCUGUGUACAAUUUUCUUGGACAUUCGAAUUCUCAGCUCAAAGACAAAACUUGCUUUCUUAUGAACGGGACCCACGAAGAGAUUCAUUCAUUGUUAGCUCAGUUCACUGACUUUUCCAAAAUCAAGACAAGUGCCAAGCGAGCCAAGAGGAUUGGACUAUUGUUUUCUUCCUUUGGCCACAGCAUACCACUGCACCAACAUGAAUAUGAGGUAAUUGAGGAUGUUGAACGCGGUGGUUACAUAUUCACUGAUGGUUGUGGUUUCAUGUCAGAUUCAUAUGCACAAUGCAUCCAGGAGGUGGCCAAUCUGGAGGCAAAGCCAUGUGUAGUACAGAUUCGUUACCAGGGCUUCAAAGGGGUACUUGUUCUCAAUGGUCUGUUGGGGACCAAGGUCAAAGUCCAGUUUCGUAAAUCUAUGAGAAAAUUCACUAUUCCAGAUGAGUCCAUGAAUCGCACAUGCACAACAUUUGGUGUAGUGAAGUGUUCCCGCCCUUACACCCUUGGCUACCUUAAUACCCAAAUUACCAUGUUACUAGCAGAUAGCGGAGUGGAUCAUGGGUACUUGACAAGACUACAAGAAUCAUUCCAUGACAUGCUGAAGGAGUUACGCACCAGUGACCAGGCUGCGGAGAUGUACCUACGCAUUAAGGGUGAGCAUUCAUUGAUCGAGCUUUUGCACACCUAUGGCUUAAGGAAUUCACGAUUGCAGAGGGCACUAUCAGGACUUCGUUCCAGGGAAUUAAGGAAGAUGCAGAAGGACAAAGGGACGGAGCCUGAUGAUACCAAUGGAGCCACAGCUUCAAAACUACGCAUACUUGUUCCAAACUCACGGGUGGUAUUUGGUGUGUGUGACCCAUUUGGUGAGUUGGAGUAUGGCCAGUGCGUGUUCCAUCCCACCUUGUAUGAUGAGGUUCGCAUAGCAGAGUACCAAGUGGCGACUGAGGUAAUGGUUGUACGCAACCCUUGUUAUUACCCUGGUGACAUAAGGGUACUGAAGCUCGUCAAGAACCUACCGCAAUAUGCAUACUUAAAUGACUGCAUCGUGUUUCCAACAAAGGGGUCUAGGCCACAUGCAGAUGAGUCUUCCGGUGGGGAUUUAGACGGCGAUGAAUUCUUCGUGUCCUGGGAUCAGGAUCUCAUUCCGUGUUGGAGGCUUCCCCCAUUUGACUACUCUGCAUCAAGCCCACUGACCAUGAUUCCAAGAGUUAUCAACGACCUCUAUGGCAAGCUGGUUGGAUACAUAAGUGGUGCUCUUAGCCACCUCCUGUCCCCACCACUGAGUGAGGAGGCAGCAGCACAGAGAGCAAGAAUAAAUGAGCGCAUGGCUAUGUUGAUGUACUUCUCCAGCUACAAUAAUGAUCUGGUGUGUCGAGUCAAUGGAAUUUUCAUGAAGUAUGCUGCUCUGUAUGGACCAUCCUGCGAUGAGUGUGUCUACUUAAACAGGUUCUUCUCUGAUGCUGUUGACAUGGUUGCAGAAAAAGAGAAAGUGGAGAAAGAGCUUUGUGCACUGGAGCUGGAAUAUCGCCGACUUGCGCUACACCCCUCACCACGCCCGUUGCCCUUCACUCAACUCAUAGCGCUGUCUUUGGGAUUGACAAAUAAUAAGCCACCAUUCAAACCUGGGCAGGAUGUAUGGACACGAAUGCAGGAGACAACACGUCGGUUUGUGGCAGAAAUAGGGACUUGCUGAGAACGAGUAGUAGAGUAGUAGUGCACUACAUUACUGUGAGGAGAUCCUGGACAAUUUACCCAAGGUGAAAAGUUUGUGAUGUAGGAGCAGUACAACAAAUACAAAAAGUUCAAGCCCUUGUUUUCACCAUGUUUUUGUGUGUAUUUAUUAUCAGUUUGCACAUUGAAAUAUUUUUGUAUAUGAUCUAUGCUAUACAGUGUGCUUUGCAUUACAUUCUCAUUCAAAAUCAUUUUUAAUAAAAGAACUUUGGCAGACUGACCGAAUUUAGUAGAGAAGUUGAAAAAUAUAUAUUUCUACAAGAUUUGUUACAGAUUAAUUCAGUUAAUAAAGUUUUAGAACCAA